AUGCCAAGACGAAGCGGAGGUAGAAGUUCGAGCGGAGGACGCAUGAAUUACGGAGGAAUGAGGUCUCGUGGGUUCACAAAAACAGCCCCUCCAAAGAGAACGGCAAAGUCUUUUACUCCUCCACCACGAUAUGCUCAUCAGACACCAGGAUUUAUGGGAAUCUUGAUGCAAGGAAUGGCCUUUGGAGCGGGAAGUGAAAUAGCCCAUCAAGCAGUCCGAGGAAUUGGUGGAACUGGGUCUCACGAUGUUCAUCAGGAUUAUCAAGGUUCUCAAGCUCCUCAGGAACCAAUCGAAAAUCCAUGCAUUUCACAAAGCCAAACUUUUCUUGAAUGCUUGAAUAGCCAUACAGACAACAUUGGACAGUGCCAGAAUUCAUUAGAUUUGUUUAAUCAAUGCAGACAGACUUAUCAAUAA